CGUAAAAAGUACAAGUGUUAAAUGCAUUUAAUACGAUAUUAUUCCACAAAAAUUAAAGAUUUGCAUCCUCAUAGCACUAUAAAAAUUUUCCGACGGGAUGGAUCUUUGCCCAAAACGAAAAAUAAAACUAAAUUAAUUCAACCAGCUGUCACCAAUAACAAAAUUGAUGUAACAAAUGAAACUACAACUGCUCAAUCAGAAAUAAAUAAUGAUUUUGCCGAAAAUGUGGUCAAGGUACAAAUGAUUUCACGGAACUUACACGAGCAAAUUUUCAAGUCAACCAAAAACCCAAAAAAUGAGGAAACAGAGAAUUACAUUGCUGCAUUGAAAAAGCAUGGCAUUGAUGUAACCAGUACGGACAGGUUAGAAGAUGUAAAUAUGAUACUGCCAAAGCUGCAUGGCAAAAAUAUUGAAGAACACUUUUAUACUAUUGCCAAAGAGCAAGUGGCUCCUUACGAGCGCUUGCUAAAUAUUUUAGUAACUUGUAAAAAAUUACCCAAACGUCCCGAAAAAUGGAUUUUCAAGAGUGGUUGGACUAUAUAUGAUCCGGUUACAGGUGAGGGUAAAUCUGUUAAUGUGCCUAUAGACGAUGCUUUAAUUUUUGACGUCGAAGUAUGUGUAACAGAAGGUGCCGCACCAACUUUAGCCACUGCGGUUAGUGCAAGCCAUUGGUAUUCUUGGGUAAGCCCACAACUUACAGCAAAACCCCCAGUGGAAUCAAUUGAAAAAUCAUCAUUCAGUGCUAAACGUUACUGUUUGAAAGAUCUUAUACCUUUGGGAACCAAUGGCCCAAAAGUAAUUGUUGGCCACAAUGUAUCAUAUGAUAGAGCACGUUUGCGUGAACAAUAUUUAAUUGACGAUACCGGGGUACGAUUUGUAGAUACAAUGUCUUUGCAUAUAAGUGUAAGCGGCAUUACAAGUUAUCAACGUGCGCUUUUAAAAUCACGCAAAGAGACUGAUCCUGAAGAUGAAGAAUGGCAAACACAGAGUUCGCUUAACAGCUUAGUCGAUGUUCAUCGACUGUAUUGUGGAGGAGAAGCACUGACGAAAGAGCCUCGUAACAUUUUUCUUGAAGGUAAUCUUACUGAUGUCAAGGAUAAUUUUCAAAUGCUAAUGGGUUAUUGCGCUGGUGACGUUGAAGCAACUUUCAAUAUAUUCACUAAACUCUAUCCCAUGUAUUUGGAAAGAUUUCCGCAUCCAGCUACUCUGGUUGGUAUGUUGGAGUUAGGCUCUGCAUAUUUACCCGUUAAUGCUAAUUGGCCCCGCUAUAUAAAGGAGUCGGAUUUAGCAUACGAAGACCUAAGCAUAGAAGCUAAAAACCAUUUAACUCGCCGUGCAGAUAACGCAUGCCGUUUAAUGAAGAACGAAGCAUAUCGAGAUCAUCUUUGGCUUUGGGAUGAAGACUGGAGUACACAAGAAAUAAAAUUGAAGAAAACUAAACCAGUUAAAAAAACUCCAGUAAAUUUAACACACAUAGAAAACGGUGAUUUGACAGUUAAAAAAACUCCAGUAAAUUUAAUACACAUAGAAAACGGUGAUUUGACAGAAAAGGAAUUUGAAUUACAAAAAAAAUUCCAAUAUUUGUAUGACAUGAAAUCACUUUUGCCCGCACGUCGUCCUCUAUUACCUGGUUAUCCUGCCUGGUAUCGUAAAUUGUGUAAGAAGGUCCCGAAGAAUUAUGAUGCACCACAAACAGAUUGGGCGCCGGGCGCCACAGAGAUUGGUACAGGCAUGCAAAUAGCGCCUAAAUUACUUUCUCUCUGUUGGGAAGGAUACCCAUUGCAUUAUAUAAGAGAAUAUGGUUGGGGGUUUCUUGUACCCUUUCGCACGGCACCAUAUCCGCCAGUAGAAUCCAAUGAUGGUGUAAACCCGUAUCGCAUACCAAUAAGAAAACUUGCCGAACGCUGUCCGGUACCGAAGACUAUAGAUGUGGAAAGUUUGGAAACGCAAGAGUUCGGUUAUGAUAUGGCUGCUUUUAAUAAUGAGCUUAAUUUUAAACUUGGUAAGAAGGAAUAUUAUAAAAAAGAACCAAAAGAUCACACAAAUGGUAUUUACAAAGGCGCAGGGAUUUGGUGUAAACAAAUUUUAGAAGGUUGUUGUUUUUUCCUAAAAUUGCCACACAAAAAUGGUAGCUCCUUUCGUGUGGGUAAUCCUUUGUCGAAAGAUUUUCUAAACAAAUUCUCUGAAAAUGUCUUAAGUAGUGGAGAUUCUGCAGAAGGCUCAGCGAAACGUGUUAUAGACAUUGCGCGCAUGAUGUCCUAUUGGCGUAAUAAUCGAGAUCGAAUAAUUGGACAAAUGGUUGUUUGGUUGAAUAAAGAUGAUUUACCGGAAGAAUUGAAAAAUAAUAGCAAUAUUAAUGACAUAACGGAAUGCGGCGCUAUUUGCCCACAAGUUGUGGCUUGUGGCACAUUGACCAGGCGAGCUAUGGAGCCAACUUGGAUGACAGCUUCUAACUCACAGCGCGAGCGUAUAGGUUCCGAGUUGCGUUCGAUGGUACAAGCUCCGGCGGGUUAUCGCAUUGUGGGGGCGGAUGUAGAUUCACAGGAGUUAUGGAUCGCCUCUGUACUUGGUGAUGCGUAUGCGUGUGGCAUACACGGUGCAACACCGCUUGGUUGGAUGACGAUCAGUGGUUCGAAAUCAAAUGGAACUGACAUGCACUCCAUAACAGCGAAAGCUGUGGGUAUAUCUAGGGAUCACGCCAAAGUUAUCAACUAUGCACGAAUUUAUGGCGCUGGGCAAAAUUUUGCUGAAGUUUUGUUGAAACAAUUUAAUCCAACAUUCUCUGAAACUGAAGCGCGCUCAAAAGCACAAAAAAUGUUUGCUAUUACGAAAGGAAAGCGGGUGUAUAAUUUACGUGAAGAGUUUUUAGAUAAUUAUGAAAAUAGAAGUUAUUCUGGUUAUGAAGCGCUGAAACUGGCUGCAUCAUGUAAUCGCGCUGUCAAAGAAAUGUUCCACCACCCUCGAUGGGUGGGCGGCACCGAAAGCGCAAUGUUUAACCGACUGGAAGAGAUUGCAAUAAGCGAUUGCCCAAAAACACCGUUUUUAAAUUGUAGACUUAGUCGAGCCUUAGAAGUAAAUGGCGGAGAUGAGAAUCGAUUUCUUCCCACACGCAUAAACUGGGUGGUACAAAGUGGCGCAGUGGACUUUUUACAUCUGAUGUUAGUUUGUAUGCGCUGGCUUAUGGGUACAAAAGUACGAUUCAGUUUAAGUUUUCACGAUGAAGUACGUUAUUUGGUUAAAGAAGAGUUAGCCUAUAAAACGGCUCUAGCUUUACACACAACAAAUCUCUUGACACGUUCGUUUUGCUCCUUCCGCCUCGGUCUAUCGGAUUUACCAAUGUCCGUAGCAUUCUUUUCAUCAGUCGAGGUGGACACCGUCCUCAGAAAAGAUAGUACAAUGGAUUGCAAAACUCCAUCCAAUCCACAUGGACUUCAUAUUGGCUAUGGUAUUCCACCCGGUGAAAGUUUAAACAUAUAUGAUGCGUUAUCAAAAGCCGGCGGCGGUGAUCUUAGAAAAUGGGAGUGGAUAAAGUGAUAAAUUACUUUAGCCAAAAUAAACUUGUUUUUGUUAUAAAACU